AUGAACGCGAACGGCGAGGCGAACGGCGGUGUGGAUAGCGCGGCUCUGGAUGAGCUGAUCCCGCAGAUCUUCGACCAGAUGCGCACGAACCAGCUGGACGGCAGCGGGGCCGCGGCUUGGGGGACUGCGGCUGUGAGCACGGCGACGCUGCUGAAGGAGAUGGAACAGCUCGAUCAGAUCAUCCCGGUACUGCAGCAGCUGAACGAGUCGCUGCGGCGGUCGACGGGGGAGAACCUCAGUCGGAUCCGGCGCACGUGCGAGGCCGUGAACAGGGUUCUCGACACUUGGAUCAAGAUACAGUCGCAGGCGGGGUACGUGGGCGAGCUGAUGGACGACUCGGAGUACCUGUCGUACAUGGAGAAGACGCGCGGGGACGAGGGCCAGCAGCAGGCGUACAUGGAGAGCCUCCGAAAACAGGUGGAGGAGCUGCGGCGCAAGGUCGACGAGCGGCGGGCUGUCGAGGCGGCGGCGGCUGCGCCGCGGGCGCCGGAGCGUACGCGCGGGGCGUCGGGGAUACCGCGCGGGGGCUCGCGGAUCACUAAGCGGGGCGGGACAACUGUACGAGGACGGCGGAUGUUCCGUUAG